GGGGAGUCAGCGAGGGUAGUCUCGCCAGGGUGGUCGACAUGGGAAGGGCAAAGCGCCGCCAGCAUGAGCCUGCCGCGGACCAUGUGCAGGACACAUUCAGGGUCCGCUCCCCUGUGUAUCGGUACCAGGUUGUCGGCCAGAAGGUCGACAACAAGGGGGUCAUGAUGCUUCAUCGCACGUUUUGCAACAAAGUUUUCCAAGGGACCCAAUUUCAGGCCACGAGGCACUUCACACAGACAAAGUACAAGAAAGACGUCAGCGACGAGGCGUUGUACGAGAUCGCGCGACGGACUCAACAGAAGUUUGAGGCCAAUCAGAUGGAGAGGGUUGCCAGGUAUGCAGCGGAGCGCGGACUCGAUGUGCCCGACACUGGUGGUGCAAGGGGAGGAGAGGCGGGGCGGCGUCCGGUGGAGGGUGGGGUCGAGGGAGAUGGUGGGCAUGAUGCGCCAGACCCCCCUUUGGGGGGUGGAGGCGGUGAGACGGAGGAGGGCGUGAUCCACGUCGAUCGUGAGGCGCGUGGCCCAGGCGAGGAGGGAGUCCCGGAACACGAGGACGUGCCAGAUUCCCCGCACGCUGUGCUCCCCAACCACUGCGAGAUUGUGAUCAUGCGGGAGGUGGAGACCCACCGUGCGGAGCUGGCGGAGGAGUUGGAGGAGGUGAGGCAGCCAUUCUGGGUGACUGGUGUCACCCUCCUCUCCGAUGGGAGAAAAUCACGAGACGGGAGACCGAUCGUGAAUUUCCUUGCCGCUGGCUCGCGAGGGGUCAUCGUGUACACGACGAUCAAUCGAGAGGGCGAGCCGGACGAUGCAGAGCACGUCCUUCGGAGACGUGCUUGCAUUUUUCGUCCCUACCCCAGGGAGGACGACUCGGACGAGGAGCCGGUACCCAAGGCGGCAGAUGACCCUGCGCUCCGCAUUCCCCGCGAGAUCGACGAGACGCACGAGGAUGCCGACUCCGAGAAGAUGAGGGCACACACUGCACGACAGGCGGCGAGCCAGGCAAAGAGGGAGAUGCUAGGGGGAGACGAGGAGUUUUGGGGCCCAUUCGAGGAGGUCGCUUCCACGGGCGGCCCAGAGGCACAGGCGACGACCCCCACUUCGACGAGGUGGGAGUCGUCCAUGCCGCCACCUCCUACUCCGAGUCCUGCACCACCGUCGUCUGUCUCGCCACUUCAGCCGGCCACGGCAACGGCGGACAGGGAGGAGUUGGGGUCCUCUUUGCCUCAGUGCGGACUUCUCCAUAGAGGCGGGGCGGUCCGCCAGCUGAGGUUACGAUCACCUUCCCCGGGGAUAUUGCAGGAGGAGGGGGCACCGUCGACAGCGGCAGUGCAGAUGGGGAUGGCACCAGCGGCGGUGGCGGAUGUGAUGGUCGCAGUCGUGGUGGACGAGAUAGCAGCAGCAGCAGCAGUGCUGGAGGAGAUGGCAGCAGCAGUGCUGGAGGAGGAGGCACCAACGGAAGGAGGAGCAGCAGCAGUGGAGGGGCAGGUGGCAGCAGCAGGAGGAGCAGCUGGAGGAGCAGCAGCAGUGGAGCUGGAGGGGGCAGCAACAGUGGAGGAGGAGGAAGCACCGUCGGCAGCUGCAAUGGAGGGGGGGGGGGCAAGACCCGUGGAGGAGGAGAUAGCCGCACAUGCGGAGGUGACGACCGCGGCGAGGGAGGUACCGGCAUCAGCUUGUGAGCCUCAGCGAGGUCGCGGCAGAGGAGUGUCCAGUGAGAGCUUGGAGCACGCUCUGAGAGCAGUGACGCAUGUCGUGCAGGAGCGGACUCCACGCAAGCGUGGAGUGCCUCAUCGUCCACGCCUUGUGCCUGCAGAGGGAGGCGCUGCACUUGGAGAGAGUUCGGGGGCGGAGGGGUUGGGGAUGCCUCAUGGAUCUCGUCGUGAGCAGACCGUUGCAGAGGCUAGUGCGAGGGUUGUUGUGUUAAGGAAGGGAGGAGGCCCAGUCACCAUCGAGAAGGAUGAUCCUGAUACGGAUGCGGCUGUGCGGGAGGCGGAAGAGGACUAUAAGGGCGAGGAGGAGGGAGAGGAGAAGAGCAGGAGCGGUUCCGAUGGUGAUGACGAUAACGACUACGAUGAGCCCCCAUCUCCAUCAAGACCCCCACCGACGCGUGCAUCUACACGCUCCGAUGCGCGGACUUCUUAAUCCUCACGAGGGAGGAAGAGGUCAACAUCCGACACUCAAGGGGGUACGAGGAGACAGAGCGGGAAGGGGAAGAAGGGUCGUUGACCGAUGAGGCCAACACUCCGCU